AUGCAUAACUUAGACGUGAUCUGCUUUGUUGUAGGGAGUUUCUUAUGGUUCCCCCACGUGAGAGGUGAGGAAGGCUGCCUUAACGCUGAACUCUGUUCAGGUACAGAAUGGGACCGUCUGUGGUAUAUCUGGCUGGUGCUGGUGAUCGGGGGGCUCCUGCUUCUGUGUGGCCUGGUCUCUGUCUGCCUGAGGUGCUGCUUCCAGUGCCAUCAGACAGGGGACGAGGCGGGUCCCCAGCCCUACGAGAUCACCGUCAUUGCGUUUGACCAUGACAGCACCCUCCAGAGCACCAUCACUUCUCUCCACUCAGUGUUUGGGCCUGCUGCCAGGAGGAUAUUAGCCGUGGCACACUCCCACAAUGCUGCCCAGGGAACACCACCCCUCUCUCCAUCAGACACCCCUCCAGUGUACGAAGAAGCUCUGCACAUGAGCAGGUUCACUGUGGCCAAGGCGGGGCAGAAGGUGCCAGACCUGGAUCCAGUGCCGGAGGAAAAGCCGCAGGCGCCUGCCGAGGGCAGGGACACCCAGCUAGCCCUCCCACGACACUGA